GGGAAACUAGGGCUAUUUGACAGCAGCAGGGGCAGCCGAAGGAGUUCGAGGAGCGCCGGCCGGAGCGCACGGAGGGGCCGUGCGGUCUCCACCAGCGGCCGUAGGACGGCGGAGCAGUUCUAGCCCGCUCGUCUGCGCGUUUGCACACCGGAUCUUCGCCGAGUGCCAGGGCGCAGCGCAUGGGGUGUCUGCCUCGGUUGGUCCCCUCCAGCGUCACCAUGCUGCCGCCACAGCUGUGCUGGCUGCCGCUGCUCGCUGCGUUGCUGCCGCCGGUGCCCGCGCAGAAGUUCUCAGCGCUCACGUUCUUGAGAGUCGAUCAAGACAAAGACAGAGACUGCAGCCUGGACUGCCCAAGCUCCCCUCAGAAGCCGCUCUGUGCCUCCGAUGGGAGGACCUUCCUGUCCCGAUGUGAAUUCCAGCGGGCCAAGUGCAAAGAUCCACAGCUGGAGAUUGCCCACCGUGGGAAUUGCAAAGAUGUGUCCAGGUGUGUGGCUGAGAGGAAGUACACCCAGGAGCAGGCCCGAAAGGAGUUCCAGCAAGUGUUCAUUCCAGAAUGCAAUGACGACGGCACCUAUAGUCAGGUCCAGUGUCACAGCUACACAGGAUACUGUUGGUGUGUUACACCAAAUGGAAGGCCCAUCAGUGGCACCGCUGUGGCCCACAAGACACCCAGGUGCCCUGGUUCAAUAAAUGAAAAGUUGCCCCAGCGGGAAGGUGCUGGAAAAGCAGAUGAUGCUGCAGCCCCAGCAUUGGAGACUCAACCCCAAGGAGAUGAAGAAGAUAUUGCCUCACGCUACCCUACACUCUGGACCGAGCAAGUUAAGAGUCGGCAGAACAAGACCAAUAAAAAUUCAGCAUCCUCCUGUGAUCAGGAGCACCAGUCAGCUCUUGAGGAAGCCAAGCAGCCCAAGAAUGACAAUGUUGUGAUCCCCGAGUGUGCACAUGGUGGCCUCUACAAGCCAGUGCAAUGCCAUCCAUCCACUGGAUACUGCUGGUGUGUACUGGUGGACACUGGGCGGCCCAUUCCUGGGACCUCCACAAGAUAUGAACAGCCCAAGUGUGACAACACAGCCCGAGCUCACCCAGCGAAGGCCCGGGACCUGUACAAGAAUAGGCCACUGCAGGGUUGUCCUGGUGCCAAAAAGCACGAGUUUCUGACAAGUGUCCUGGAUGCGCUCUCCACAGACAUGGUUCAUGCCGUCUCUGACCCCUCUUCCACUUCUGGCAGGUUGUCAGAGCCAGAUCCCAGCCACACCCUGGAGGAGAGGGUUGUGCAUUGGUACUUCAAGCUGCUUGAUAAGAACUCUAGUGGAGACAUUGGCAAGAAGGAAAUCAAACCCUUUAAGAGGUUCCUGCGAAAGAAAUCCAAGCCCAAAAAGUGUGUGAAGAAGUUUGUGGAAUACUGCGAUAUGAACAAUGAUAAGUCCAUCACAGUGCAGGAGCUCAUGGGCUGCUUGGGUGUCACCAGAGAGGAGAGUAAAGCCAACACCAAGAAGCGCCACACCCCCAGAGGAAAUGCUGAAAGUACUUCUUCUAAUAGACAGGCCAGAAAACAAGGAUGAACAACUGACUACUCAAGACAGUUCCUAGACAUGUGGGAAUCUCCCUCACCAAAGAGCAAUUAAAAAACAAAACACAUAUAGUAUUUGCACUUUGUACUUUAAAUGUAAAUUCACUUUGUAGAAAUGAGAUAUUUAAACGGACUGUUGUGAUCUGUGAAAAUGGAAGGCUGGCUUCGGGAAAUUAAUCACAUACAAUGUAUGUGUCCUUGUUUGACCUUCAAGAUCUGUGCUGAUGGGGUGGGUUUUAAAUGCAUUUCAACUUCACUUCCUUGUCCCUCUGUGGAGAGAGGGCCUGGUUUAUUCCCUUGCCCUUUCCUCUGCCUAUAGUCUCCAUUGCCUUGCUCUCAGUGCUCUUGAUGCAAGCCAGAGCCUACCAUAUCCUUAGAAGUUUGCAGUGGUUGCCUGUUCCAUAAAGUUUUGCUCUCUAGAGAUGUCACUCACACCAUGGGUCACACAGGCACUAGCCCAAUCAUAACCUUAACUUCCAAUAGCCCCUGUUUGAGGCUAUGCUGUCAGACUCUGUCAGACUCCAGUUUUAGCUUCUGCUUGAGUUUUAACUCUGCCUGAACCAACCCUACUGUUAAAUCUCCAGGGAGCUGAGUGGGCAAGCAGCCAGAGAGUCUUUUUUCAGAGGGCAAAUUUAACUCUGGCCGACUGGCUCCAUCUCAUUGGCUCAGGAAGGAUCCAGUCCACCUGCCUCAGUUCUCAGUGUCCAGGUCAUCCUGCUAGGGUCCACCCAAGAGGAAAAAUGUCUUCUACAGAGAUCAUGGACCACAUCCUGAGGAAGGCACGGCUAGACAUCGUUCCAAGAGUGCUGAACAACAGCAGCUGAAUGAAUGUCACUUUCAUUCUGUGGAGGCCUGGAAGGAUUGAGGGGAUUCAUCCAAGGCCUUAUGAGAGGAAGGUUAGGAACUGGAUGACCUCUCACACUGUGAGAGACUGGACUGGACUGGACUGGGUGUAUGGUUGGCUGUCACUCUCUGACCUAGGUCAGUCUGUACUCUCUGUUCUCAAGGAACAGUGGCAGAUGGGGGAGAGCUGAGACAAUUCUUUCAGAUUGAGGUUAUUUGGAAAACUGUUCACGGUCCCCAAUCUCUCAAUAUAUGUCUGUGGAUGCAUUGUGAACACACGCUGCAUAAGGCCUUUGCUCAUUUGAACAGUGUAGAGGCAAGAAAUGACCAGCUCACGUCAACACUAUCUACAAACGAGUAUGUUUUGGAUAAUCUUUUAUAUUUCUGAACUCUGAAUUUAAUCAUUUUUAUUAGAUUAAAAUAUGCGAUUAAACUGUAUUAGUCUUCUUUUCAGCAUUUCA